CCCCGGCCCUGCGCCUGCCCGCGCCCCGCCGAGCUCCACUGCACCUUCCGCCACUUCACCGCCGUCCCGCCGCGCAUCCCGCCCCGCGUCCGGCGCAUCAACCUGGGUUACAACAGUUUGCUUAAACUGACUGAAACGGACUUUUCUGGCCUGGAGAAGCUGGAGUUACUGAUGCUGCACAGCAAUGAGAUAAACACAAUCCCUGAGAAGGUGUUCAGGGAUUUAUCUUCAUUGCAGGUCUUAAAAAUGAGCUAUAACAAGGUCAGAGUGCUUCAGCAGGAUGCCUUUUAUGGUCUGAGGAGCUUGGGACGGUUGCAUAUGGACCAUAACAAAAUUGAAUUUGUAAAUCCCAAGGUCUUCUACGGACUGACAUCACUGAGGUUGGUCCACUUGGAAGGGAAUUUACUGAAGCAGCUUCACCCAGACACUUUUGUUUCCUUGCGCUACAGCCAAAUAUUUAAAAUAUCCUUCAUCAAGCACAUAUAUUUGUCUGACAAUGUGUUGACUUCAUUACCACAAGAAAUGUUUUCCUCCAUGUCUGAGCUAGAGAGCAUUUACCUGCAUGGAAACCCUUGGUGCUGUGACUGCAAUCUGCAGUGGUUUGCAGAAUGGGCAAGGCAGAGACCAGAUGUUAUAAAGUGCAAAAAAGACAGAAGUUCAGGUGCUCAGCAAUGCCCAAUAUGUGCUAGUCCCAAAAAUCAUAAAGAGAAAAGCUUAGUGGAUAUUCCUUCUGCAUCUUUAGCCUGCAUGAAGCCAACCAUACACGGCUCCCUGAAAUUAAAAAACCUCACAGUGCCAGAUGAUGGGGAUUUCAGUGCCAUCUCUCCCAAAGACUUUGUGGCUCCUAUAGGAUCCAUGGUUUUGAACAUGACUGAUCAAGCAGGAAGUCGAGGUAACUUGGUUUGCAAUCUCCAAAACCCUAAAGAAAUGUCUCCCAUCAUAUUUGACACAGAUGGCAACAGCACAGUACUCAAAACAUCAUUCUCAGCAUUCCUUGUGUGUGGCAUUGAGUAUGAACAUAUUCAGCAGCUAUGGAGCAUAUUGGCACUGUACAGCAAUUCUCCCUUAAGACUGGAAAGGAACGUCCUAGCAACUAACACACCUUUUCUUAGUUACAAAUAUAAACAAAUCUACUCUGAAAAAGAUGAACUUUUUACCAAUAUAGAGGCUGAACUGAGAGCUGAACCACCUUGGCUAAUGCAAAGGCAAGUGGCAUUACAGCUGGACAGGACAAAAACCACCCUAAACACACUGCACAUCCAGUACUUCACAGAUGCUCAGAUUAUUUUGCCCAGAGCUGAUGAAAACCAGGAGAGAAAUAACUGGGCUAUCAUCUCCAGAGACAACAGAACACAAACAGAGCACACUGUUCUAGUCGGGGGCACCGUACAACUGGAGUGCCAAGCAAGUGGAGAACCAGCUCCUGCAAUAGAGUGGCUAUUGGCUGAUGGAAGCAAAGUUAGAGCACCUUAUGUCAGUGAGGAUGGAAGGAUCAUCGUGGUGAACACUGGGACACUGAUGUUACGGGCAGCUGAUACCUUUGACACUGGCCUUUACCACUGCAUAGGCACAAACGCGCGGGAUGCAGACGCCCUGACGUUCCGGAUCACCGUGCUCGAUCCCCAGGUGGAGCACAGCGGAGUGAACGGAGCCCGGCUGUCCACGCUUGCUGGCAGCACACUCCACCUCCCCUGCACAUCCUCAGCUGUCCCAGACGCUGCCAUUAGCUGGGUGUUACCUGAGCCUGUGGUUCUUCAUCAUUCUGUGAGAAACAAACAGAUUUUUGACAACGGUACCUUGAGAAUACAAGGGGUGACAGAGCGAGACAGCGGCUACUUCCGAUGCGUGGCAGCCAACCAGUAUGGGGUGGAUCUGUUGGUUUUCCAAGUGCUAGUUAGACAGGAUGAAACCACUCCAAAGAAAAAGCACAUAGUUGUGGGAGAAAAGGAAGAAGAUGGUGGCUCUGGUGAGGUAGUGCUGGUCUCUGCAACCACACAGAAACAUCCACUAGCUCCUCUGGCUCCCCAGACACCUGGUCAGGACUCUGCUGCCUCAGCAGCCCGGAACCAGGUCACACAGAGUGUGCCUACAAGGAACAGCUAUGGGAAAAUGGCUCACAGGCACUCUGGGGACAAAAGGGGCAGGCGGUUCAGGGGACACAGAAGACAGUUUGUUUCCUCAGCCAGGAGAGUCGAUCCGCAGCGCUGGGCAGCCCUUCUGGAAAAAACAAAGAGGAACUCAAUGUUGACAGAAAACCAAGGAGAAGUUGCAACAAAACCACCUAUUCAAGCCCAUGAGUUCUCAAAAGUAUCUGGGAAUGAGGAGGAAACCUCUGGUGAUCUCUUGUCUCCCGAAGAAGAAUUCAUGAUCCCAGUAACAGAGACAGCCCCUGUGCCUGCUCUGGGAAGAGCCGUGGUACCUGUAGGGCCUGCAACCAUCGUGAGGGACCCCCCUGCCAGGACCACCUCUGCCCCAGCUGCAGGAACUCCCCUCCCCUCUCCUUUGUCAGAGUCUGGGGCAUCUGACAGCAGAAGGCCACAAGCAUAUCUAAAACCUACAAGUACAAACUCAGAGGAGAGAUCAGAUUUAAGUCAAAUAUCAGCAAAGGGUAUAAACCAAUCAACUGUAUCAAAUGGAGGGAGAGGGACAGCUUCACUUUUCCCUGCUGGGCAAAGGCUGGUAUAUUCUGGGGAAAGUAAUAACCAAUAUUUAAAAUCUGUAUCUACUACACCCAUGACAGGUGUCACAGUCACCAGCAAGUCCAUAACUUCCCAUAAUGCAGUGGACAAGCUCCAUGUCUUUACUGAGUCUAUUGAGAUUUCUACCAAAACAGAUCGUCAGACUCCUGUAGUGACAGUCAGUGAACCAAGUCCUGAAUUUGGUCACAUUUAUUUUCAUAGUACUCAGAGACAAGUAACUCCAAAGCCACCACUGGAGUCAACUACCAAUACUCAUCAGCAAACUCAGAUUAUUCAGGACACUCAUACACCUCAGGCCCAGCAGCAUUAUGGAAGACGAAGGAAAAUUUCUGGUAGGAGACAAAUGGUUAGACCUGGACAUAUUCCAAGUAUGAAAGAGCACAGAUACAAUUUUGGGAGGUCAGGAUCUGACAGAGAAAGUACAGCUGUGGCUGCAGAUGUUCAACUAAAUAUAAAACACUUAUCAACUUUACCAACCUUAAAAAACGUCAGCAGCUCCGUGAACCCAAGUAGCCCAGAAGCACCUCUGUCCUCCCCCCCUACCACGAAUAUGCCACUGGAGCCCCCAGCAGGUACUCAUCUAAGCACAGCAUUCCUCAGGGAAGAGAAAAGCAACCCCAGUGCAAGGCAAAAAGCUACAACAGCCAUGCCCUUAAUUACAAAAGGCACCCAAGAUACUCCUCAAUGGAACUUAGAGACCAGUGCUCCACUUCAGAAAUGUUCUGAUAGAGUCCAACCUUCUAGUAUCAGACAACCAACACUGGCAACCCGUACGGCUCAUAUUGUGACAGAAAUUACACAUGCCAUAAGCACCAAGAUAUCUUCAACUCUUGAAUCAGUCUCACCCAGCAUCAAGCCUAGAACCUCAGCAAAAAAUUCCCAAAGAGAAAAAAUUACUUGGGAACAUCUCCUUGGAAACGGUGCACGAGAAGAGGUCCUUCUUCAGCAGCUGUCAGAACAACAGACAGAUGGGUUUCCAUCAGUGGAGGCAUCGACCAUGCUUCCUAAAACCACAACAUCAGCUGUGUCCAGAAUGUCUCCUUUGCACUUCACACCCAUUUCAACAGGUGGGGAUCACAGCAGCGGUUUCUUGUCCUUAAAGAAGCCCAUUCCUCGUGGCAAUGGGAAGUCAGCAGAACAUCUUCCCCCUGCAGAACCACAGUUGUACUCUAGUCCUGCAACUGCUGCAACCAAAGAAACGGUUGUAACAAGUGUGAAGCCAACAGUUGUGCCUGUUACUGCUCCUCAAACAGACACCAAAAUCACCAGAAGUAAAACAUUCCGAGGGGGAAGAAAGAGAGGUCAGAGGAGGAAGAAGCCUCCCCUAACAUCUGUCUCGCCAAGGGUGAGCACAGACGCCCCCACUGCAGCCAUUCCAACGCUGAACACAGCCGCGCCUGUCGCGACAGCAACAAAACCGUUACCUGGGCCUGCAAAUCCCCUCCCCGGGGCUGCGAGCGCGGGCUCAGUGCCAGAAACGCCAGCACCGUGGGGCCGUGACACGCCAGAGGCACCUCGGGUGGUGCCUACAGCCGCCAGGCAGGCCCUGCUGACCGCUGUCCCCGGCACGGACGUCCCGUCCGCCACGGUGCCGCCCGGGGGCCGUCUUGCUCCCCCCGCCACAGCCCAGGCCCCUCGGCCGCGCUCAGAGCCGGCCAGUGCCACCGGCACGGGACCCGCCGGGCCGGGAGCCGCUCCGCAGCCCCCGCUCAGCCUCCCAGCCCCCCGCCCGCCCCAACGCGUCCUGCGAGACCCCCCUGGGCUCCGCGGAGGGACCCCCGCCCCACCGCACCGCCGGUCCCCCCCCCCCUGCGCUGCCCCGCGGGGCGGGGACACCCACCGCUCCGGCCCCGGCUGCUCCGGGAGGAGACGGGAGCAACAAACAGGCAGCACCGAGCCCAGCGCCGGGGGCGACCCCGCGAGCAGGCAGCACGGGGCAAAGCCCAGGAUCAGCGGAGGGAGCCUGGCGGCCUUCACCGUGCUGGCCGACUCGGAUGCUUUUAUGCCUUGCGAAGCUACCGGCAACCCCCCUCCCACGGUGCGGUGGAGCAAGAUAUCGCCAGGGCCGGGCGCCCCGCAGAGCCGCUGGCAGGUGUUUGCCAACGGGACGCUGCGGGUGGCGCGGGCGGCGCCGCAGGACGGGGGGCAGUACCUGUGCACGGCGGCCAACGCGCACGGCGCCGCGCGGCUCCUGGCCACGCUGUCGGUGGUGGCCUACCCGCCACGGGUGGCCGGGGGCAGGUGGCAGCUCCUCACCGCCCACGCGGGGAAGCCCCUGGCAGUGAAGUGCAGAGCGGAGGGCAGGCCUCCGCCCGCCAUCUCCUGGGUGCUCGCCAAUAAAACGCGCGUCUCCCACUCUUCGGCGGGAAGCCGCAAGGUCCGCGUGGAACCAGAUGGCACUUUAGUUCUUGAGGAGGUCACCGUUUAUGACAGGGGCCUCUACACCUGCACGGCUACAAACCCAGCGGGCAGCGACACGCUGGCCGUGAAGCUGCAGGUCAUUGCGGCACCUCCCGCCAUUCUGGAGGAGAAGAGACAACGCGUUGAAGGAACGGUGGGGGAAAGUCUGAAACUCCCCUGCACUGUGAAAGGGAAUCCUCAGCCCACUGUCCACUGGGUGCUCUUCGACGGCACGGUGGUGAAGCCUCUGCAGUUUGCAAACACAAAGCUGUUCCUCUUCUCCAAUGGCACCCUUCAGCUCAGCAACAUGGUCCCUUCUGACAGCGGGAAUUACGAGUGCAUAGCCACGAGCUCGACGGGCUCGGAAAGGAGGGUGGUGAGCCUGGUGGUGGAACGCAGAGAUACACUCCCAAGGAUAGCUACUGCCUCCCAAGAAAUGACUCAGUUGAAUUUUGGGGAUAAGCUGCUUCUGAACUGCACAGCAACUGGCGAGCCAAAGCCCAGGAUCAUCUGGAGGUUACCUUCCAAGGCAGUUGUUGACCAGUGGCACAGAAUGGGAAGUCGAAUCCAUGUCUACCCCAACGGGUCCUUGGUUAUUGAGGCAGUUACAGAGAAGGACGCAGGUGACUAUUUGUGCGUUGCCAGAAACAUAAUGGGUGACGAUCUGAUUCUGAUGAAAGUCAGCAUCACAAUGAAACCAGCCAGGAUUCACCAGAAGCAGUACUUCAAGAAACUGGUGCCAUACGGAAAAGAUUUCACAGUGGACUGCAAGGCAUCAGGGUCACCCACACCAGAAAUAUCCUGGAGUUUGCCAGAUGGGACAGUGAUCAAUAACGCCAUGCUGGCAGAUGACAGUGGCCGCAGGACUUGGAGGUACGUCCUCUUUGACAAUGGAACACUGUAUCUCAACAAAGCUGGAGUCACAGAAGGAGGAGAUUACACCUGCUACGCUCAAAACACACUGGGCAGAGAUGAAAUGAAGGUACACAUCACGGUCGUCAUGGCAGCCCCGCAGAUAAAGCAGAGUUACAAGACAUAUGUUAAAGUGAAAGCUGGAGAUACGGCACUAUUGGACUGUGAAGCUGCUGGAGAACCCAAGCCCAAAAUAUUCUGGUUGCUGCCUUCCAGUGACAUGAUCUCCUCGUCAACAGCCAGACACCUCCUGCAUGUCAAUGGCUCGCUGUCAGUCAGGCAAGUCAAGCUGUUAGAUGCUGGGGACUAUAUGUGUGUUGCUCGUAAUCCUGGAGGGGACGACACAAAACUGUAUAAACUGGAUGUUGCUGCUAAACCACCCAUCAUAAAUGGUUUGCAUGCAAACAAAACCAUCAUGAAAGUGACAGCAGUGAGGCACUCAAAGAAACACCUCGACUGCCGGGCAGAAGGGACACCCCCCCCACAGAUUAUGUGGAUCAUGCCUGAUAAUAUUUUCCUCACAGCUCCAUAUUACGGGAGCAGGAUUGUAGUGCACAAAAACGGGACACUUGAGAUCCGGAACUUAAGGCCUUCUGACACAGCAGAUUUCAUCUGCGUGGCACGUAAUGAAGGGGGAGAGAGCACGUUGGUGGUGCAGCUGGAGGUGCUAGAAAUGCUAAGGCGACCAAUGUUUAAAAAUCCAUUCAAUGAAAGAAUAAUAGCAAAACCUGGAAAAGCCAUCACAUUGAAUUGUUCUGUGGAUGGAAACCCUCCACCUGACAUAAGCUGGAUGUUGCCUAAUGGCACUUGGUUUUCCAGAGGCAUCAAGACUCCCCAGUUUCUCACGGGAAGCAGCGGUACCCUGACCAUCUACAGCCCCGACAGGGACAGUGCAGGGAAGUACCGCUGUGCUGCCAGGAACAGCGUCGGCUACAUUGAAAAGCUGAUCAUCUUGGAGGUUGCCCAGAAGCCCAAUAUUCUCACCCGCCCAGCUGGGCCAGUGAAGGGCAUCAGUGGGGAGCCCCUGUCCCUGCAUUGCCUGUCGGAUGGGAGCCCCAGACCCCACACAGCCUGGACCCUGCCCGGGGGGCGCGUGCUGCACCAACCGCAGCUCAACGGGAAGUACCUGCUGCUGGAGAAUGGCACCUUGGUCAUACGAGAAGCCACCGUUCAUGACAGAGGACAUUACGUGUGCAAGGCUCACAACGAUGCCGGAGACUCCUCUGUAACUGUCCCUGUGGUCAUUGUAGCCUAUCCCCCGAGGAUCACCAGCAGACCUCCGCAGAGCCUUCACACGGUGCCUGGGGCAGCAGUUCAGCUCCACUGCACAGCACUGGGAAUACCAAAACCAGAAAUUACCUGGGAAUUACCUGACCACUCCAUACUCUCUACGAGUCAGCAAGGCCGAGCACUGGGGAGUGAGCUGCUUCACCCCCAUGGGACAUUGCUCCUCCAGAACCCCCGACCCUCUCAUUCUGGUGCGUACAAGUGCACAGCGAGGAACCCUCUCGGCAGCGAUUUCACAGUGACAUACCUGCACGUCAUUUGAGAAGAAGAAAUAACAGCAUGAGUGACUCUUAACAAAGACUACAGCUGGACUGAGUUCAUUCUUAGAGUAAGUUUAUUCAAAAGCAGCCACGGGUAUGUAAGUACCUAAAUACAUCCUCAGUCUUCAGCCUGCAGUGACCAUGCAAAAAAGGAGAGGGAAGGCCUGGGGAAAAUUAGAUCUAGAGUUAUUUUCCAGUAUUGGUUCUUUCAGUGAUCAAGCAGACUUCAACAAAAAGAAACUUAAGGCAUUUCUGUUCUGCCAGCCAACAUUGAAAAGCAAAUAAAAUUACAUUCUGGAAAUGUACCUAGAGAUCUUCAGUAGAGACUUUUUCAUAUCCGUUUAAUAUUGUCCACCUUGUAUGAUUAUCACACAAAGCAAGAACACCUGAGAACCAAAGAGACUAUUUUAUUGUGAUAUGGAUUCCCUUCUUAAUAUGUUUGACUAUUUUAUAAGGUUUUCUAAAAUAAAUAUUCAAUGGUGAAACAAGUAGUGUAGCAUUUCUAGUAACACAGCUCUGUUUCACACAGCCUUUUUUGCAGACCUUUGGGAUGACACAUACAGAAAAACUUUGUUUCAUUUUUAAAUGAGAGAGUAAUCUCGGUUUAGAACAAGUACAUGCAGAAACAAGAACAAGACCACAUGCAGAAACGCACUAGCUUGGCAUAAUUUUCCUCUUGUCACAAAAGCAUUUUUUAAAGAUUUCUCACUAGAAAACAAUUGCAUCACUUUGCAUACAAAUUCAGAAUUCUGCUUUCCCAGUUCAGUAGAUGGGUCUGAGAAGCAGCCUCUGUACACGAGGGAAAAAUGCCUCACAAUGAUAGGAUGUUGUUACCUACAGAAUCAUGGAUUGGAAUAGUCAAAUAAAUCAUUAAAUUUUGUUAUUUAAUACUCUAAGCUCACCUUGGAUUGCUUUAGUGCUGGUUUGAUGGUCUCCUGACUGUGAGCAUGGUGUUCCCUCCUUCCACAGCCCUGAUAGAGCAGCAGUAGCCACAAAAUGGCUGGAUGACAAACCUCACUGGUUAGUAUCUGCUUUAGCUAGUCUGAAGAACAGUACAUCUCUUUAAAAAAAAAAAAUGAAGAGAAAGAAUUUUUUACGUGAGUAAAACUUACCCAACUGUUGUAAAAGCCAAUCAACAUUUGUCUCCAGGCUGCUGUGCAGUGAGUGCUAUUUCAUGAGCUGGCUGCAUGGUCUC